UAUCUCAUCAUCUGCUUCCCCAGGGUCGCCAUGGUACGGUUCUUCAACUCUGCCAACGUGCUGCAGGGAUUUCAGAUGCACACACGUACCCUGCGCCUCUUCCCUCGGCCUGUGGUAGCUUUUCAAGCUGGCUCUUUUCUAGCGUCACGUCCCCGCCAGACUCCUUUUGCUGAGAAAUUGGCCAGGACUCAAGCUGUGGAGUACUUUGGGGAAUGGAUCCUUAACCCCACCAACUAUGCCUUUCAGCGAAUUCACAACAAUAUGUUUGAUCCAGCCCUGAUUGGUGACAAGCCUAAGUGGUAUGCUCAUCAGCUGCAGCCUAUCCACUAUCGCGUCUAUGACAGCAAUUCCCAGCUGGCUGAGGCCCUGAGUGUACCACCAGAGCGGGACUCCGACUCCGAACCUACUGAUGAUAGGUGAGCAUCCUUAGGGUAGCAAAAAGGUUUUUAAGGUGAAGAGGCUCUCACUAGCCCUUCUUUAGCACAGAAGAGGCA